GUCUGUGUAUGUGUGUUUGUCACGUUGUUGAAGUCAGGUGCUGUAGCCCUGCUGCCUAAAAAUAACAUCUUAAACGAAGAGCCCGAGAGAGCAACUACCAUUCCAGAUCUGUAUUACUGCCUUCAUGCUUACUGUGGAGGGAGGUCUCUGUUGACACACACACACACACACACACACACACACACACACACACACACACACACACACACACACACAGUUCCCACAUGUCUACUAAGGAAAAGUUGAGGUGCUGCUCUGUGAUCCUGCUCAGGAACAGAUUCAAAGCUUUACACAGUUACAAGAAAGAGGUAAGUCAUUUCUUUCUACCACAGAACUUCAUUAUGACAGUCAGUCUGUAGUGUGAACAAACACUGAACAAACCAUCAGUGUAUUUUUCCUCAUUACUGUAAACAGCUUAUAUCAUGAGUGGAUAAGACACCUGAAGUGAUCAUACCAAGCUUUAGUUCAUCCUGGAACAUCACAACACUGUUGUAGUCUAAACCACUUAACCUGAGAAUGAUGUGUGUUAUAUUAAGAGUUUACAGAGCAUUAAAAGGAGCAUGGGAGUGCAGCAGAUACAAAACAGGUGUAGAAUGAAAGAAGUGGAGGACCUAAAUAUCAUUGUAAUUGGGCAUAAUGUUGUUUAUUAGUUGAAAAAUGAGCAGUAAACUGAGAGAAAGGAAAGAAAAAACAUAUUAUAUAUACCUUGAAUUUUCUUUUAUAAAUUUCACAAUAGAUUUCUGAAAAAGUAAAAUACAUUUUGACAAUUUUUAUUUUGUUUUAUCAACUGAUUCCCCAUCUUCAUGUGCUGUCUAUUUUAUUUAUUACUCAGAUCAGUUAUCAUUUAAGUGGCAGGACUACACUGAUGUGCCAUAGCAUUCAGCAGUAACUCUCUCUGUCUGUCACUUGAACUUGUUUGUCGAGGCAACAAAGACACGACAUCUGCUCAUGGGGAGCUUGAGUCAUGUCAAACAGCUGAGUGAAGUUUCACCCGAAGAAAAACCUCAGAGCUUCACAUAAGGGACAACAGAAGUGUUGAAUGGAAAUGCAUGUGUGAUACCAAAUUAGUCAAUCAUAUUUAAUUCCCUUUUCAAAAACAGAAUUUCUCAUUGAUUUACAAUUACUUAUCUAAAAACAAUUAAUUUUAAAUCAUGUGCAUAAAGAAUGCUUUGUUUCAUUAUUUAGUUAUGUUUAAAUCACUAAAUCAAUAAAUCUAUGUAGGCCUGAAAAUGAAUUUAUUCAGGAAUUAUUUUAAAAUGGCAGAUAAGUCAGUGAAGUGCAUGAUAAACACUGACUCCCUACACCCUCAAUACAUCUGCCAUAGGUCGGGGACAUACGGUAUAGGCUUGCAAUCUUUAUUAUCAGCCAAUCAGACAAUUAUUUUCUUGAUUUAUUGCUUGAUUAUUUGAUCUAUAAAAUGUCUGAAAAUAAUGAUUACGGCUUGAAAUAAUUUCUCAAAGCUUAUGUUGACUACAAGUGCCCUUUUUGUCCAACUAAAAGCCAAAGAAAUCCAGUUUACUGUCACAGAAAAAUGAUGAAAACCAGCAUGUGUUAACAUUUAAGAGGCUGGAACAACUGAUGUUUUUUGGCGUUAUAGUCUGUCAAUGUAUCAGUUAUCGAAACAGUUGCUGAUUGAUUUAUUGUUGUUUGACUGAUUAAUUAAUUGACUAACUGUCCCAGCUUUAAGACUGUAUAUCAAGAUAUCACCAGUGUAUAAGGGUUAAUAUUACAUCUAAACGGUAUGUGUUUUCUGGGCAGCAGAGGUGAGCAUGUCUUCCUGUGUGGCAAAGUCCAGAAGCAAGAACCCGUACGCAGCAGUGCAGGUGGACCCGGACAGUGACUACAUCACACCGGGAACAUUAGACCUGGAGCAGCUGUUCUGGUCUGGCGCUGGGGCUCAGUACGCCCAUGUCAACCAGGUCUGGCCCAACAUCUACAUCGGGGAUGAGAAAACAGCUCUGGAGCGGCCUGGCCUGAGAGAGCUGGGUAUUACACAUGUCCUCAAUGCAGCGGAGGGAAAGUUUAAUAAUGUACUGACUGGUGCUGAUUACUACACGGACAUGGACAUCCAGUACUUUGGUGUGGAGGCUGAUGACAAACCCACCUUCAACAUCUCCCAGUACUUCUGCCCUGCAACCCAAUUCAUCCAUGAGGCCCUCAGUCAACCGCAGAACAAGGUGCUGGUGCACUGUGUGAUGGGUCGGAGCAGAUCAGCGACUCUGGUCUUGGCAUACUUGAUGAUGAAAUGCAGCUUAACUGUGGUGGAUGCUGUUGAGCAUGUGAAACAGCGCCGCUGCAUUCUGCCCAAUCACGGCUUCCUAAAGCAGCUCAGAGCACUGGACAUCAUGUUACAAGAGGAGAGGCUGAGGCAAAAAAGAGAGAUGCAACAACAAUAGUUAACAAUAGAUAGAUAAUAUCUCUGUUUACCACUUUGAUUGUCUUCUGAAUCCAUCUCAGGUAUUUGAAAAUGUUCUUUUUGUUUCUUUAACGACUGUGUCAUUAAAGUUUGUUUUGUUUUUCACAA